CGCGCGUCUCAAUUCACCACCGUCGCGCGCGCCGCGUCGCUCCAUUUUGACUUCCCAUUCAAUUAAUUACGCCACCAUCGUCAUCGCCACCCCUCAUUUUCCCAGCCCGAGGGAGCUGCUCCCUUUUCCUUUUUCCCUUUUCCCUCCACGCCACUCCUCACUCACCCUGUGCAUUUUUUGCGAGACCGCCGUUCGCACUUGUUGAAACGCGCCCGAGUUGUGUUCGCGAGUUGUUGAGUUGUGAAUUGUGUUUGGUUCAUUGGAUUAAGUGCCUCCCAUCGGACUAAAUCCCUCACAGUCUGUAAACAGCAAAGAUCUUCUCGUACCAUCCUCUGAAAAUUUCGAAGUUGAUCUCCGUUUUCUGUGAUUGGAUGGCCUGCUGAUGGGAUGCUUGGAUGGUUAGCCGUGCUCGGGGAGUCUCGGCGAGGCGGGAGCGGUGAGCGAGGGGCGGCAAGACGCGGCACGCCGGGGUAGUCGGCGUCUGGGGGGUGGGCAACGUGAGUCCGCCUCCCAGCAACGUCAUCCCGUACAACAACAACAGCAUCAACAACAACAACAAUAAUAACAACAACAGCAACUCUCACUCCCUCGCACACAAAUUCAUGGUCAAAUCGACGAUGAACCGGCAGUCGAGCCUCGCCAGGCUCCUCAACACCGCCGUCAGCAAAAAAAUCAGCCCCAGUAAUGGGGACAUUCAGUGGUGUUUCUCCCAAGUCAAAGGAACUCUUGACGAUGAUGUUACUGAUGCGGACAUCAUAUCAUGUGUAGAAUUUAAUCAUGAUGGGGACCUUCUCGCGACUGGUGAUAAAGGAGGCAGAGUGGUCAUUUUUCAAAGGGACCCUGCCAGCAAAAGCAGUGUGCCAAAACGAGGUGAAUACAAUGUCUACUCAACUUUUCAAAGUCACGAGCCGGAGUUUGACUACCUCAAAAGUUUAGAAAUCGAAGAAAAGAUCAACAAAAUUCGAUGGUUGAAACGAAAAAAUCAAUCGCACUUCUUACUAUCGACUAAUGAUAAAACAAUAAAAUUAUGGAAAGUUUCGGAACGAGACAAGAAAAUAGAAGGCUACAACACGCCCUGUGAUCCCCACUCUAUUACGUCACUAAAGGUGCCAGUAGUUAAACCUAUGGAACUUAUGGUAGAGGCCUCGCCACGGAGAAUAUUUGCCAACGCUCAUACUUAUCACAUCAACUCAAUUAGCAUUAACUCUGAUCAGGAAACGUACCUGUCAGCAGACGAUCUUAGAAUUAAUUUAUGGCAUUUAGAAAUCACCGAUCAAAGUUUUAAUAUUGUCGAUAUUAAGCCAACUAAUAUGGAAGAGCUGACGGAAGUGAUCACCGCGGCUGAAUUCCAUCCCCUAGAGUGUAAUUUAUUCGUCUAUAGCAGUAGCAAAGGUACAAUUAGGCUGUGUGACAUGAGGCAAUCUGCACUCUGCGAUAGGCACUCAAAAAUAUUCGAAGAACCAGAAGAUAUUACCAAUAGAAGUUUCUUUUCUGAGAUUAUAUCAAGCAUAUCAGACGUUAAAAUAUCAAAUUCUGGCCGGUAUAUGAUCUCACGAGAUUACCUCGCCCUUAAAGUCUGGGAUCUUCACAUGGAUAGCAAGCCCAUUGAAUCUUACCCGGUGCAUGAAUAUUUAAGACAAAAGAUGUGUUCCCUGUAUGAAAACGACUGUAUAUUCGAUAAGUUUGAAUGCUGUUGGUCUGGUGAUGAUAGUGCCAUUAUGACUGGGUCUUACAACAAUUUCUUCCGCAUGUUUGAUAGAGUAAAUAAGCGAGACGCCACGUUAGAAGCUUCCAGAGAAAUCGCCAAACCGAAGACUGUAUUAAAACCUAGAAAAGUAUUCACGGGAGGAAAACGUAAGAAAGACGAAAUUAGUGUUGACUGCCUAGAUUUUAAUAAGAAAAUUCUUCACACUGCAUGGCAUCCGACGGAAAACAUAAUAGCUGUUGCAGCAACAAAUAACCUCUUUCUAUUCCAGGACAAAUUGUAGCCUUCAUUGUGCCUGCCCUUAACUUCCUCUUUCAGUGCUCUGGCUAAGCUGGAAAUGGAUGUAGGUAUAUCAAGUCGCCUUAAAAAACAUAUUUUGUGGUGACCUGAUCAGUUCUUCAGUCCGCAUCAGAGUCCUCUGAUUUUAUACGAUCCAAUGCAAGAAUUAAAUAUAAUGUAAUUUACCUUGUUCACGGAAACAUUUAGAAACUCUUUACAGUGAUUAAAAUCAAGGAGAAGAGACUUGCAAAGUUUUUUUCUACAAAUUCGAGCCUUGUAGAUAAUUACUUCAAAUAUAAUCAUUGUGAUGUUUAGGGAACCUAAUCUUUGAGUACUUUGUUUCUAAUUAAAAGGCUUUUUUUAAUUUACAAUAUUUAUUUAUUUAUUCAUUCACUCAAUUAUUUAUUUUUUUAUGUUUAAAAUCAAUCUUGUUUAAACUGCAAAAAGGGCCAGCUUGUAAAUGUGUACAUUUUAUCGUUCAUCAAAACGUUCAAGAUCUACUCCAAACUCUUUAUGUUUUAGCUUGUUGUUAGGCAAAUUUGUACAUACACUAAUCGGACGGAAUUCAGCAGAAAGGGAACAACUCUUACUCUAAAGAAACAGGGGAAAAGUUUAAAAAAAAAAGAAAAGAAAAGACAAGAAGAAAAAUGAACAAAGCAUCAAGGGUUCUCGACCCAGAUAAGUUCCUUACUUCUUCCCGCCUAAAUUUGCAAGUCCAUGAAAAAAAAUGAUUUGUUUGUAAAACUAAGGAAGAUAUAUUGACCAACUUGAACUUUUUAUUUAUUGAGCCAAGUAAAACUCGCAGUUUGUGAAACGUACGGUUUUAAUUAGAGAGGCGGUGGUUUUACUCUGCUUAAUUCAAUCUGAUUAAAGAAAAAAAAAUACCAUCUUACAGCAAUGUCAGUUGAUUAAAAGUAAUAGAUAUAUGUACAUUACCUCGUUAAUCAGCAUUAAGCUGCAUGUGCUCAUAUUUACAUCUACUUUCUUCAGUUUUGAUUGCCGGUUCCCUCCCUCCCCCCUCCCCCCUCAAAAAAAAAUUCAGCGUUUUCAUCAAAAACCUUGAGUCCAUAGCUCCUUUGCGUUUUCAAAUAUUUUUAAACAGUCAAAUGGGUAUUAAGUGAUUUUCCUGAUUUACUAAAGUUUCAAAGUCAAGGUGAAACAACUCGAAACAGUAUUUUUUCUUUAGCUUUUAUCUUUAAAUUUGUCUCAAUGUAUUUUGUUGAAGAUUCUUUCGAUCAGUAUUAUAAACGUAUAUCAAAAGUCCUCUGGAUGUGGGAUAUUGUUUUUUAACCAAACGAAUUUUAGUCUGUUACUCGGUGGUAUACCAAAGGAUUUCCCCGCUUUGUUCGCUCUUUUUGUUACUUUGUUGUUUUAUAUCUUUAAUCUGAUGCUUUAAUAUAUCUGAAUCAGUUUAAUCAUGAUGAAUAAAUAAGUCAGUCUUGUGUUGCUUAAAUUCUACCUCUUCGAAUAUAACAGCCAAAUUUGUGUCACUGUAUUCUUUAGUUUCACCUUCUCAAUUUUCUUUCUUUUCCCGUAUUUUCUUAACUAAGUGGAUACAUAAACCGUAACACUCAGUGGACAAGGAAUUUUGCUUUGAAGUUGCCGAGAAUCUGCUCAGAACUAAAAAUAUGAAAUUCAGACCUCAAAUCCCUUUUCUUUUCUCUCGGAGUUUUUGAGUGGAAUGAAGGAUAAUGCUUUCUCAAUGAAAUCCAUAACAAUGCUAACCGUACUCCCAAUUAUUCAAAAUGGUGGGUGAUCUUUAAAUUUUAAAGUAACAGGAAUUAAUUUUUAAAUCCUGUUGAAGCUUAAUGCUAGAGCUAAAUCAAAAAAAAGUCAUUAAUUGAAUUGAUUGACUUUAACAUCACUAAUUCUACAUACAUGUGAAGUCUUUACUUUUGGAGAAAUGACUCUUUUUCAAGUACAAAUAUUAUUUCAAACGAUAGCUUUAAUAAAUUCUCAGUGGCUCUCGUGAAGAGGAUUUUUAUAUUCACUGCUGUCGCUCAGGAAAAACGAAUGGUAGAACUCAUCUUAGGCUGCUUCUAAUCCAAGUCAGCCAACUUUAGGACUAUUAAGCUUUUGUAAUCACUCUUACAGGGAGUGAGGUUUUUUCCCUCCUCAUAUUAGCUAAAGGCAAAUAAAUGAAGUAUACAUUCUAAUAAGUUGAGUUCCUCAGCUCUGCAAUGGUCUCUUGUUUCAUACUUGUUUUGUGUAAAAAGCAGGCUAUAACAUUGAAUUUUUUGGUUUCUUUUGGGGAUCGUCUCAUAAAUUGAAUACCGGUGAAACACAGUCACAUAUCGCCCCAUGAAGAAUCCACACGCAUUUGCGGAUAUCGCCUUUUUUUCCCGUUAAUCGCAGCUAUUGAGUGUUUGUGUGAAAACAGCAGCCCAAAUUACGGCCAUGUUUAUUAUUUUUUGAAUAGAGAUUUCACAAGUAUCAUUGCUUUGCUGUAUCAGGAGACUGAACUUGCAUAUUCUACCCAACAUAAUAUUGCCAUUAUAGUUCCUUCUGUUACUGUUCAGUAUUGAGAGGCCCACUUUUGAAACAACUUGUGUAAUAAUGAGAGGCCAAAUAUAACUGGCUGUCUUACCUAAAGGAUCAUUUUUCUUCAUACUUAAUUUUUGCCAUAACUUUUUCUUGUAGCGAUUCAGCACACUAUCGAAACAGAAAGGUCCAAUCACCUUACCCUUUUAUACCAUGCUGACAUUGCCACUCCAUCGAAUCAACUGUAGUUUGUGUAAAUAUGUACAUGAAAGUAUAAUUUUAAGUACAGUUUUGUAAAACUUUAAUUUUUAUAUUUUACUAUUUCCCCUCUUUUUACUUACAUCAAAAUGUUUUUACGAUUUUAUCGGUCUUCAUAGAUAUGAAGCGAAUCUUUAUGGCCAUAAAACUUGACAGUUUACUGAACUUGAAUACUAGUGAAUAAAAGGAAAAAAGUUAAAUUAUUUUUAAAAUUAGUUUUAACUAUUAUUUAAUGAGAAAAUUGAUUAAAACUUUUCCCAAUUA